GUUUGCCGGAAUAUGGUCGAUUGCCUUCCUUUAUUAGGGAACAACGCUGACGAUAUGCAUCUCCGCUGUUCAGAUUCCAAGAAGAUCCGCUGCAAUAUAAGUACAGCAAUUAAGGGCAGGAUCUCAGCAGGCAAGGAUAGGACUCCAGGAAAGGGAGACGGCAAUAAUACGGGUUCCGAGCCAAGGGGAAGUCUACACAAAGGACUCAGCCCUCCACAUAGCCCAGAAGCUGCGAAAGUGAACGCAGAUGAAGAUUUGAAGACAUGUCCAACAAUGAACAGUAUAACGGAGAUGUCGAGCCAAGCAGGCAUUUUUGAUAGAACACAAUGGGAAAGAACUCGUUUUGCGAAAGAGGCUGCUGGUAUUAUUGACUCAAGAGAAGCCGUCAGAAAGGCACAAGAGGGAGCGAAAGAGUCUAAAUUACCAGGAGAGUCAAGGCAGUCAACAGCUGUCAGGGGAGAGUACCUCAAUGAGAAGCCGAAAUUUACGAUAACUCUCCUUGUAAUAGAACUUAUGUGGUGUGUAGCUGGAUCUUUGGUAUGGGGAGCUGCAGCGGAUAAUCCAGUGUUACCACAACUUCUAGCCUUAUUCAAUAUGCUUAUCAUAUUCUUGCUUAUAUUAGCUUGCCUGAGUACAGAGUACUUUCGUUUCCAAGUCAGGAGAGAAGACACCAGAUCGGACACGCGAUUUUACGUACCAUACAUAUGGAGAUAUGUGCUCUGCGAGGCACACCUAGCCAGAGCUAUUCUUCUUUGUGCCAACGUAACUAUAAUGGCAUUUGAUAAUGAUUAUGACAUUGGAUCAAUCAUUGUACUUGCGGCUACACCUGUUCACUUAAUCUUAACUUCUUUACAUAUCUUCACUGCAAUCAAGCCAAGGCGACAGUGAACACAUUUGUCUUAAACUUGCUUCACCUUUUUUACUGAUAAUGAGAUUCUUAUAGAAAAACGCUACUCUAGUUUCUAUCUGCCA